AUGCGGAUCGCGGGAGCGCCUUCUUUGCUGAUCUCCCAUGGGCGCCCUCUGUCAACCAUUAUACUUAGGGGGAGCAACGUCAGCAACAGAGGCAAACUCAACAGCAUCAGCAGCAAGUGCCUGGCAGCCAGCGCUCAAAGCUCAUCCUGGAGUCAUACACGACGCUUCAAAUCUACCGGCUCUCCCUUUUCCACGCCUCCGAGCAACAUUGACAGACUCGACUCAGGGUCAGCCGUGCCGUCUCCCCUCUCAACGCCUUCGCUAGGUCCGGAGCACGUCGGCGCGACCCGGCGGUUCCUGCACCGCUUCCCCGUGAUCAAGUGGACGCUCUACUCGUGCGGCUCUAUCGUCUUUGGCCUCGCCGUGACUAUCGGCUUGAUGCUUGCGUAUGACUUUACGACCUAUCGCGAGGCGCACGUCGGGAAGGUGCCGCUGGCUCCCCUCGCCCUACACCCCGAGCCGGGCGGCCCGAAGAACCUGCCCAUUUUAUCGAAUAACGUGGAUGAUUGGCAGGACGAAGUCAGCAAGGAGCUCUGCAAAAAGGAGAGGCUCGUGAUUGUUGGCGGUGGCUGGGGUGCUGUCUCGCUUCUGUCCGCCCUUGAUCCCAACAAAUACAACGUGACUGUUGUAGCACCAACCAACUUCUAUCUCUUCACGCCGCUCCUACCCUCUGCUACAGUCGGCACUGUGGAGCCACGCUCGCUCGUCGAGUCUCUGCGUCGAAUCAUCGCGCGUGUGCAUGGCCACUAUGUCGAGGGCUACGCAGUCGACGUCGUCCUUCCUUCGAGCACAUCACGCAAGUCUUUCUUCUCCCCCUCUUCGCCCUCGACCGAGGACAAUCUGCUCGAAGUGCAGGUGAUCGAUGGACACAACUGGGAGAACCUUACAGGAGAGCAGGAUAAGACUUCUAGGAAGAGGGUCUACAUUCCGUAUGACAAGCUCGUCAUUGCCUGCGGCAGUGUCAGCAAUACACAUGGCGUAUCGGGCUUGGAGAACUGCUUCCAACUCAAGACGAUUAAAGAUGCUCGCGCAAUUCGGAGUCACAUCAUGGACAACCUCGAAAUGGCUGCGCUGCCGACCACAACGGAGGAGCAACGUGAUCGACUGCUUAGCUUUGUCAUUUGCGGUGGCGGGCCCACUGGCAUCGAGACUGCUGCGGAGAUCUACGAUAUGAUGAACGAGGAUGUCCUCAAGCAUUUCCCUAAAAUCUUGCGGCAGGCGAUGAGCGUUCACGUCAUCCAGUCACGCGAGCACAUCCUGAACACGUACUCGGAAAAGAUCUCAGAGUACGCCGAGAAGAAAUUCUCGCGUGAUGGAGUCGACUUAAUCACAAACGCUCGCGUCAAGCGCGUCGAACCAGAAAAGGUCAUCUACACCGUCAAGCAGCCUAACUCAAACGAAGUCAAGGAAAUGGAGAUCCCAUCCGGCUUUACGCUGUGGUCGACGGGCAUUGCAAUGAACCCAUUCACCAAGCGACUCACGCAACUCUUACCCAAUCAAUUUCAUCUGAAGGCGCUUCAAGUCGACUCACACUUGCGCGUUAAGGGCGCCGAGCCUGGCACAAUGUAUGCGCUCGGCGAUGCCUCGACCAUCGACAACCGGCUCAUCGAGCAUCUAUACGAAUGGGUCGACAAGCAUGAUACGGACCAUGACGGUCAGCUAACAUACAACGAGUUCACUGGCGUUGUAAAGGAUAUCGCGCACAACUUUCCACUCGCCAGCAAGCAUUUUGAAAAGAUGGACAAGAUCUUCAAGCGAUACGACGAAGACAACGAUGGCAAAUUGGGCCUCAACGAGCUCGCGAGCAUGUUUACGCAGGUGCAGAGCGGCUUAACCAGCUUGCCUGCGACGGCACAAGUGGCGAGCCAGCAGGGAAAGUACCUGGCGCACAAGCUGAACAAGCUCGCCAAGGUUCGCGACGCUGCGCACCGCGAGGGCAAGCAGACCGUCGACGUUGCGAGUCGCACAGAUGACAAGGCCUCCGCUGCCGUUGGGCGUGUUGAUGUCGAUGACACGCAUUACAAGCCAUUCCAGUACCACAACCUCGGCUCUCUGGCGUACAUCGGCAACGCAGCUGCGUUCGAUAUCCCUUUCUUGCCCGAUAGCAUCGGCCAAUUCGCCGGCGGACUCAUUGCCAUGUACGCGUGGCGCAGCUUUUACCUGAGCGAGCAAGUCUCGUCGCGCACGAGGCUGCUGCUGUUGAUUGACUACAUCAAGCGCGGUGUCUAUGGAAGAGACAUGUCCAGGCUGUAA